GUGACGUCGGCGCUCGUUGUCCAGCUGUUGAGAAAAAUGGCGGAUCACCUGCUCCUCACGGAGGCCAAAAAGAUGGAAUAUUUCUCCUCCAUCAACUCUAUGGCUCGUAAGAUUAUGGAGGAAAGGGAGAAGAUAAAGGAGAGGCACGGUCUGACUUGGGAUCAGAUGAGUCCGGUCGAACAGGACACGGCGAUAGACAACGGGAUGCUGGACCCGCGGAUCCGGGCUCGGUACGCGAUGCACCGGCUGGAGCGAGAAGAGCUGAUCUGCUUCCCGAAACUACUGCUCCAGACCGGACAGAAGACCGUGCACUCCGGAGACGAGGACUUAACAUGGCAAGAUGAGCACUCCGCUCCCUUCUCCUGGGAGACCAAGAGUCAGAUGGAAUUCAGCAUCAUCUCCGGUUCUCCAGAACCGUCCGUUCCCUCCUCAGUGAACGAAUCCAAACCCAAGCCCUCUCAGAGCACCAAGCUGCCCAGCACUGACGAGUCGUCCUUCUGGAAGAUCAGCGCCGAACGCUCGCGGCUAGAGGGCGAGAAGGCGGAGUUUCAGUCUCUGACACCCAGCCAGAUCAAGUCUCUGGAGAAAGGAGAGAAGCCUUUGCCGUCGUACCUGAGAUCAGAGUCUGGGGCGAGGGAGUCUGAGGAUGUGCCUCCCUCACGGCCGGUUCAGCAGAGAAUCACCAAACCUCAUGCCCCUCCUCCCCCCGUUCCCAUCAGCGUGACCCCUGUGGCCAUUAGUGUGACCCCAACACCUCCUGCUCCCAUGUCCUCCUCAGAGGAAGGGUGGGAGAGGGCCCAGAGCACGCUUCCGUCUGUAAGCACUAUGGAUGAUGUGUUCAGUCCUGGUCUGGUCACCAGGUCUUCCUCUCAGUCCAACAGCACUGUCAAAGAUGCCAAGGCAGAAAGCUCACCCACCUCCAGUCCUACCUUCUCACAGUUUAACACAAGCAGCAGUAUCCUGAAGACUGGAUUUGACUUCUUGGACAACUGGUAACGCAUGAAUAUCCUGAAGAACCCAUUCCAGAUCACAGGACCUACAAGCACCACAAACCCAAAACUACCGAACACUUUCCUUUUAAAUCCAAAUGCUUCAGUAGUUUCUUUAGAGUGCAUCAAUAUCUCUAUGAUUGUAGUAAAAUCUUAAUCUGUCUGACUCCAUCUCACUGGUUAGAAGUUACUGAAUGCAUGAGCUAUGAUACAUCAGAUAGGAUUUUAAACAGAGCAUAUGUUGUUUUCACACUUGGUACAUUUGCUUGAGUCAGAACCCAUCGACUCUACUCUCCUGGCCCUGUUGGUCUGCUUUCCCACUGUUAUUGUUAUUCUAAACUGUGGUAUGUUUGCAAAAAUUCUUUCACCAUCAACAUUAGAACCACCAAAAGCUGUUUAUCCUGUGUAUCCAGGCAAUGAAGUUUGAAAUCUUAAAGUUGCUGAACAAUGUUUAAAAUUUUUGUUUGAUGUGACUACCAAACUGGCACAAUAUACUUAAUCAGUACCAGCCCACUUCUGGAUUGCAUUCACAUCAACCACGAACCAUACUGUGGUUCACAUUAAAACAAACCCCUCUUUCGGUUACAGAAGUUCGGAAGAUGCAUUAAUCAAACAAGCCAGAACUCAGAUCCACACUAAAACUACUAGUGUGAAUGCUACAUCACCGUCACUGCCAUACAUUUUUAUCUAUAUUUAUCUAGACCUCAAAACUAGUGUUAAGAUGCUUCACUGUACUUUUAUUGAUAAGGACCUAAAUGAGACACCGUAGCGCUAGCAUGCUUUAGAGGAGAUGACUUGCACCUUGCUUGUUUUGUAGACCUUUUAUAUGCGUGCUACUUUCAUUGUAUGCUUUGAAGUGAAUCAUUGACUUUUCUCCUCAUUCUCCUGAAUGCUUCCUUUCUUUGUCUCUUUCCUGUAGCCCAGUACACCAGAGUUGACUUAAUAACUUAAAAAGCAAUAGUUAAAAUCUCCAUUCGUUGUUAGGCCAAAAACAUACUCCACGCAAGUACGCAAAUGUAGCUGCAACAUUAAACGGGUGUUAUGGCAAUUACAAACUCCAGAACUCAAGGGGGCGAUAGAGUUAACUGAAACUGAAUGUGCUAUUGUUCAGGUAGCUAGCUGUAAACGCGUAGAUAUAACUCACUCUUCGCUUGCGUUUGAUGUUUACAAACUGCUUGAUUUUGGACGUGUGAAAUCGACAUUUCCAUUUACGUACUUGUCUGUCGUAUGAUUCAGGGCUAAGCUAACUAGGGUUCAAGGGUAGAAAUCAAUUUUGGAGCUUUGUUGCGAGAUGUUUUUGUUGAAUACGAAUGCGUGGCCUGGAGCCAGUAUUUAUGCAUUCAUAUAUCUGUAAUGGAAGAUAAGUACAAUAAAAGAAGUACACUAA